AUGGCAGCUCCGCAGAGCAGCGAGGGCGUGAUCAUCACAAAAUCGCCCGCCAUCAAAAAUGCUCCAUUGCCAGCAGAGGGCAAUGGCAGCUUCAGCAACAUCCACCUCGCAGCUCUCGUCCUGCUCACACCCAUCCUCGUCUCACGCUUCGUACCCUAUUUUGGCCUGAGCAUGCCUCUCUAUCUAUUGCUGCUCCUCACGACCGGCAUUCCAGUCACAAUCGCCUACUGGACACUCAUGUCCACCUUUGGCCCACGCAAGAACACCAAGCUCGCCUUUCCCGGCAAGCCCAUCACUGACUAUAUCGACUUCAAGGACGCCCAUCUCAAGCAGACCUAUGCCAAAGCCAAUGCAAAGAUUCCCAUGCAGAUCUUCUACGACGCCUACUUUGAAGGCAAGGUCGACUUCAAAGGCGACGUGCUCGACGUGCUCGAGUACAGACACGAUUGGGCCUCUUUCCGCUUCACGCGACAGCUCUUCGAAUACGUCUUCCUCCAGAUGCUGCCCGAAGUCAUCAUGCACUCCCAGUCGCAGGAUGAAGAGCAGGUCAGAGACCACUACGAUCGAGGUGAUGACUUCUACGAGUGGUUCCUCGGCCCCCGCAUGGUCUACACGUCAGGCAUCGUUCUCGACAAUACCAAAGAAGAGUCUCUCGAGCAGCUGCAAGACAACAAGCUCGCCCUCGUCUGCGAAAAGCUCGAUCUCCAGCCGACAGAUACCUUGCUCGACAUUGGUUGUGGCUGGGGAACCCUAGCUGCCUUUGCUGCCAAAAAUUACAAAUGCGAUGUCACCGGCAUCACCCUCGGUAAGAAUCAGACCAAGUUCGGCAACGAGCGUAUCGCCAAGAACGGGGUCGAUUCGAGCAAGGCUCGCAUUCUCUGCAUGGAUUACCGCGAGAUCCCUGCCGAACCAAGCCAGCGCUUCACAAAGAUUGUAUCGCUCGAGAUGGCAGAGCAUGUCGGUAUCAGACGCUAUGGCUCGUUCAUGCGUCAGGUUUACGAUCUGCUCGAUGACAAUGGCACUUUCGUUUUGCAAGUGGCAGGCAUCAGACCAGCAUGGCAAUACGAGGACCUCAUCUGGGGACUCUUCAUGAAUCGUUUUGUCUUUCCGGGGGCGGACGCGUCAUGCUCGCUUGGCUGGGUCAUCAAUCAAGUCGAGGCAGCAGGCUUUGAGGUCAAGAACAUCGACGUCCUCGGCGUGCAUUACAGCGCAACUAUCUACCGCUGGUACAAGAACUGGCUCAGCAACGAAAAGAAGAUUGUUGCAAAGUACGGCGAUAAGUGGUUCCGUAUCUGGUCAUACUUCCUCGCCUACUCUGUCAUCACUUCGAGACAAGGCGGUGCCUCUGUGUUCCAGAUCACUCUCCACAAGAACCUCAAUGCGUAUCCGAGAAUCAACGGCGUCACAAAUCACACUUCACUGCACUGGAAGCCGCGUGUCGAAAUCACACCGGUAGUAUGCCAAACGAGCAUCAGCACUUAG